GAAAUGCAGUCUGACUGGGUUUAUUACAUGUCUAUUAAUUAUUACAACAGAAGACAAUGUGUAUAACUAUAAAACAUGGCAUGCAUAAGAGGUGUGAUAACUCGGGUAUUACGACAGGUACAGAAUCUUAUAAAGUUGUUUUGUAUUUUGUACUUUGUGAAAUGGCACAUUGCAUGAUUCUCCUCAUCGUCAGUGUUAUGUUUGUAAAUAGCAUGUAGGCAGAGUUUGGCUUUUAGGAGUUUGAGGAUUCUGUUAUGUCCUUGACUUACACAAAGUCACUCACACUUUACACUUUCUAAAAUUUUUGCAGCUAACUUCUCUGAGCAAGUAGUUGAAAGCUUUCCAUCAGAUAUCUCUACUGGUAUAUACUAUGGAUGGGCCUGUGUUGGAAAUGGAGAUGUGCAUAAAAUGGUUCUGAGCAUAGGAUGGAAUCCUUUCUACAAGAAUAUUAAGAAAUCAGUGGAAACGCACAUUAUCCACACCUUCAAAGAAGACUUUUACGGAGAAAUUCUUAGUAUUGUCAUAAUUGGAUAUAUUCGACCGGAAAAAAACUUUGAUUCCUUAGAGGCGCUCAUUUCAGCAAUUCAGGAAGACAUUGAAGAAGCAAAAAGACAACUAGAUUUACCAGAACAUCUUAAACUCAAAGAAGAUAACUUCUUUCAUCUGCCGGAAGGCAAAAUAGUGAACAACCACUGAGAAAAUCCAUUCUGCUUUCUCUUUUUUUUUUUUUUUUUUUCCCCCUUUAUUUCUCCUCUCUCAUGGAGCUUUUAUGUUUGCACUGCUUCUAAUAGAUACUGUGCUGUCAUAUGUCUAUUCAAGUAACUGAGAGUAGAACCAACUGAACAAGAGGAUUUCAAUUUCCUUGUGUUAAUUAAGCAUUAACCCAGUCAUGCAAAAGGAGUAGAAGGCUAGUUUAGGUCCUCACAGGUAAAUUGUGUAUCCUAAAGUUAUCAGUUGUUCAGGUAUCUGAGCACGUGUGGAACAUGACCAAAGUUCAUUGUGACCUCUUCUGACCGUAAGGUAUGGAUAGUUCACUUAAGUGGACAAUGUCUGUUUUUAACAUACAUAAUGUUAUUCCAGCCUCUUUUCCCGGUUUUAUGUCAUUCUUACAUCUGGAUUUUAGCUAGUAACUUAGAAAAUUUUGCUACUGGUUGAGUCAGAAAUUUCCUGUAGUGCAGGAAGCCAAUGAUUAGAUAACAGUAGGAAGAUUAAUUCUCUAUAGUUCUUAUUUUUUUUAUAUGCUACACAGCUGUUGUGAUUGAAGUUGUUACUCUAACUGAAACUAUUUAUUUUAAGUAUAUUUGAAAUGGAGGAGAUCACUGUUUCUCAUUGAAUUCUUUGAAUCUGAGAUACACUUCUUCAUAGUUGACUCUGCAUAUGACAAUACCUGACGUGCAUAGUUUACUUCUGAAGAAGUGUUUCUCUGAAACUUAGGAAAUGAAUGACAGUGUGAAAGUUAAUAAACUUUAAAGGUUUAGACAAAAGAUGUCUAAAAGUUUAGACACAAAAGAUGCAGAAACAGUGUAACGAGACUUCUGCUCGUUGGGCCUUAAGACAGAAGAGGCAAUAGAAGGCAAGAUUGCAUUUUAUGUGCUGCUGGUAUUUGUCUUAGGAAACUGAGGAGAAUGUUGGGAUUACUCACUACACGGGCAAUAAAAUGGCUGACUUCAAGAUUGAUGCUAUUGUAAGGCGCAGAAAAAUCUCAUCAACUGUCAGCACCAAGUGCAGGGAAGAGCCAAGGUUUUGGCUGACCAAGUAGAUCAAUACACAAAUGAAAGCUUUUGGGGAUUCUUGGAAUACUGUAUCAACACUACAGUGGCUCUUUGUUAUUUAUUACAAGUAAUUGCAGCCAGUCCUACUCUGAAAUGUAGGUAAAUGGGUAAAAUAGGUAAAUGGAGGGUGUGUUGUCAGAAAUGGUAGCAAUUUGGAAAAUCUUCUUAAAGUAUGUAGUGUGUGAUUCCAAAUCUAGUCUUUUUUCUUUUUUCCUGCUGAUAAAUUUUUCAGUCCCCUACUCAGUGGGUGGACCUAGGUAAGCUGCGUGACUUUCUCAUGUUCGUAAUCUUUUGAUGUCAGCUUGCAAUGUGGCUGGAACAGUUUCUGAAAUUCAAAAUGGUUCUGUGGAUGUGUCUCAGCUGUAGUUCUGUGUCUGAACUACCAUGUACAUUUCAGUGCGCACAAUUUCUGUAGUGCAAUUUUAUGAAUUUACUCCUUGCCUAUCCUAUUCAAAUCUUACUUUUCACUCUAGAUUUUAAGAGAGUUUUGACAAGGGGUCUGGGACUUUGUGGCGGCUGCUGUCAGGAUGUUAGUUCCACUUCAUUUUGUUGUACUUUUCAGUCAAUAUAGGAUAUUGUUAGGGAAGAGGUCUUGAGCAGAUCAAGGACUCAUGUUUGCUCUGUGGGACUUCAGGAGAAACUUGAUUUUUUUAAAUUAAUUGUUCACUAGUUCUUGUGACAGCAGAGACAGAUGGAAUACAGAAUAGGGGGAGCAGUUAUCAGCAGUUAGAUAUGCUUUUAAAGGAGAACAAACUAAUGUAGUGUUUUACUAUACAACAUGUUGGAAACUGUAUUUCUGAAAAGUCUCUAAAAGAAUUGCCUUUCAAGAGUGACAGUGGGAAUUUUUUUUUUUUACAUUUUAAAACAGAAGGAUUAGGGGAUAAUUUUUUUUCACAAAGAUUUGAGACAUUCUUGAGAUUGUAAUAAUGUCAAAAUCUUAUAUUUUACUUUUUUAAAGAAUAAACAAAAGCCGCACUAGUCAACUGAAUAUAUUUAGAUGGUUAUCCAUCAUAGUACUGUAGCUAAACACUCAUAGCCUUCUUUAAAAUUGUUUUUUGCCAGUAAUUUCAUGUGUCUGUUGUGGAAACCAUGGUGCCUUAAGCUGGUUGUCGGAAUAAUACUUUUCUGUACCUGCUAAUAAAUGCUACUAUCAAAAAUUCAGUUCAGCGUUUAGGCUAUUAAUAGACAACAGAGGCAAAGGGAAAACUUGGAAAACUGUUAGUUUGCUCUCAAAUCUUAGCUGAGAUGUGACGUAUGGAUACACUGAACUAUAAAACCUGCUUUUUGUGUGUUUGUCUUCAAAUUAAAGAAAAUGUUACUACAUUCAUUUGGCUGAGUGUAUGCAUCCAUAUUAUUUAAGAGAAAAUGUCGUAUAUCAACUGUUGAAGCUCAAAGCGUAAUUCCUAGCACAGUAUAAACUUUAUGAAGGAUUAUAUUUUUGUAUUAUGUACAAAUAACUGUAUUUAUUUCAGUUGGUGUUGCUGCACUGUACCAUUAAUAAAGGAACUGUAAUUGAGAAAGUUA